AUGGAAAUAAAGUCAUUGGAGAACAACUACUUCUGCAUCAAGGAGAAGAGUGAUCUAGUCAAACCAAUCAGAAAUCACCUAAUGAACUACUCUCAGCCAUCCAACUACGGAUCUCGAGGAAAUGCUAAAUUGUGUAAAAAGAAGAGGCAGAUACAGACCAACGAGAAUUGUGCUGAUGUUUACAAAUAAACUUGACUAUAAACUAUACCUCAGCAGACAUAAGAGCAUCAGAGCUCAGCUUAGAAGACCUUCGAUGACAAAGUCAAAAUCAUUGAUCGGAAUCCGAGGCAAGAAAUGCCGAAAUUACCGACAAAUACUACCCGAACAGAAGUUGGGAUAUGACAAGAAUGAUGGGCACAAGUCUAACUCCAGUAUGCAAAGCAGGAAUUUGUCAACUAAUACAAGGAAUCUAUCAACUAAAACCAGGAAUUUACACCAGAGUAUAAAAUUUAGCCCUGACCAAAAUACCUUCCUAUCAACCAAUGUAAACUAUUGAAGCAAGGAAGUCCGAGAGGGCCUGAAAGGGAAGGAAUUGUCCCAUAUUUCCAUUGAUAAUGAUGAUAAAUAAUUUGUAUUACUCAAGCUACAUCCAAGGGAGCCACAUCUCAGGCAAAAGUAGAAACUCUGAUAUUCAGACAGCUAGUAUAAAUCCUGCAAUUAAGACCCCUUCGUACUACUCAAGCUUGAAUCAGAAUAUUUCUCCAAUGAUGAUAAAAAGCAUGCUGAUCGAGUCUAAGGAGAGGGAUGUAAGUAAUCUAUCCUACUCAAAAGUGACCCACAAAAGUUUAAAAUAAUGUCAAGAAGAACAAGAAAGUAGUUAGAAGGAAUUCCAAAGGAAUCAAGCUAAAGAGAACCAAAACUGAUGGGAGCUAUUCUAAUUUCUCCUAUUUAAAGCUUAAAGCUAAGCGGUUGAACAUCCGAAAUCCAGAGCUCCACUUAAACUCAUGUAUCCACAAGCCGAAGAUCAAUGUUGAGGGAGACAAAGUGAGAGAGAAGGCUUGUAAGAUCGCCACUCAUAAAUCAAACUCUAAAAAUAACACCUCCUACUGUCACAGUCCUCAGAAGGGAAAGCCAGAACUUCCUGAAUUGAACUGCGCUGAGAGAACUUCAGAUCAGGAGAAACAGAGACCGAAAACCCUUGAGUCACCAGAAAAGGUCAAAAUGUAUGAUUGCUCAUUCAAGGUAUUCUUCAACAAGAAGUAGUUCAAUUCUAAAAUUUCAUAAAGG